CGGGAAGCUAAUGUUCUGCACGAAGCUUUCAUUUCAAGAUUGAAGAUGGUUACAGUCGGAAGAAUUUCAGCAAUAUGACUUCCACUUGAGAAUGAAAUAAGUCAAAAGUUGACUGUCUUGCAGUAGGAAAGGAAUGCAAUUGUAUAAUGAGGCUGACUAUGAGGAACAGAGAGGCCAGCAUUUGUGGUAGGGGACAACCAGUGACAGACGGUCUUUUUAAAACGGAGGACACUAAGAUGCACAAACAGUGCGACUUUUCUGUGACUCCAACAGAUAAUUCCAAGGAACAUAGCACCAUAAGGGAGAAUGCUGCUGAAUCCAGUCCCACAGAAAUGGAAUCAAGCAAGAUGACCACAGAAUCCCCGUAUGCCCCUGAGGACAACUGUUCAGAGGAUGGAUAUGAAGCUGUCUUGGAGAACACGGCCAGGUCAUCCCCACAUCAUCUCUCGGAGGGGGCACUGUCUGGCCAAACGGAGGAACACUGCACAUGGGACAGACAGGUGGAAUACAUACUGGCUUGCUGUAGCUUUGUCAAUGGAGUGGACAGUCUGCUCUGGUUUCCAAGGAUGGCUGCAACCUAUGGGGGAGGUGUGUUUUUUGUGAUAUACCUCUUACUAACCGUAACCUGUGGGUUUCCUUUGCUUUACAUGGAGACAAUUUUGGGACAGUACGCUAGAGGGGGUCCUGUCAUAGCCUGGGAUGUGGUACCAAUAUUCAGGGGGUUGGGGGUUGCUGCUGUCCUUGUUUCUGCUGUAAUGAGUCUGCACUAUGGAACAACAACUAUGUGGGCAAUGUACUUUUUGGUCCAACCAUUGCCAUCCAUCAGGAAUAAUUGCAAUAACACUGAAGAAAUUGUUUGUUUUAAUAACACAAAUGAUGGAAAAAUUUCAUCAGCAAAUAACAGUUCGUUUAAUUUGGGAGUCACAAACCUGAUCACCAAUUUGGACGAUGCAUACCUGUAUCAGGAUGUACUACAGGUGUCUGAUGGGAUAGGCGACACUGGCCAUUUUCUUUGGUACUUCGUGAUCUGUCUUCUGCUACUGUGGACUGUUGUAUUUGCCGUCCUCAUCCUAGGACCAAGAUCUCUAGGAAAAGUUGUGUAUGUAACCUAUGGGCUAGCACAAGUCUUGGCAGUGUCGCUUAUGAUCCACUUUUGCAGAGAAGACGGAGCCCUUGUUGGCAUCAAAUUCUUCCUGAGUAUGAAGUGGGACGUUCUAGGUAAUCUGGAGGCUUGGGUUGAUGCCGGGAAGCUGAUGUUUACCUCCCUUGGUCUUGGUACAGGGUCCCUAACAUUGCUGGCUGGGUAUACACAUUUCCACAGUCACUGCUUCAGGAAUUCCUUGCUGAUGAUCACAGCUCACUUGUUUGGUAUGCUGGUCAGUGGGUUCACCAUAUUCGCAGCUCUAGGAAUUGAUUCACAAACAAACAGUGAUUCUCCAAGCAAUGAUAAUAUGACAGCACUUGACCUUGGUUUUACGCUGGUGACAUCAAUCAUUGCCAAAACGCAUGAUUCCCAGGGGUGGAAAACAGUCUUCUUCCUGAGUUUGAUCCUGAUGGGGAUAGGCACACAGUGUGUGUAUGUACAGAACGUUGUGUCCGCACUUCUACACUUUCUGCCAGACAGAUGGCGAUUCAGGUGGAAGUUCAAAUGCUCCAUGUUGGCAGGAGUCUGCUGUGUUUCCAUGCUGGUGGGACUUCCAUUAGCAUCACAAAGUGGUUUGUACCUGUUUUACUUCGGUCAUCACUACGUGGGUAAGCUGUCUUUCUAUCUGAUAGCCCUGGGGGAGUGUCUGUCUCUUGCCUGGGUGUAUGGUGCUCAGAGGCUCUGGAACAAUUUGUCGGACAUGACAGGAAGCACAGACAGUCCUUGGUGGAAAUUGACCUGGAAGUUCCUCACUCCUGUCGUAGUGUUUACGUUGAUUAUUUUGUCAGUCGUCUGUGACCAGCCUCUGUGGUACAGAACUUAUGAGUUUCCAGCAUCAUCCCACUCCAUCGGACUAAUGAUAACACUUCUUCCUCUUCUGCCUGUUAUUGUGUAUUUUGUAUGGUGUUUAUGGAGGAAAAAAGGCAGUCUAAAACAAAGAUUCAAAUCUUCUCUUACAACAUCAUCAAGCUGGGGACCCGGCCAGCUAGCCAAUCAGGAACCAGGAAAUGACUUGCCGGAUUAUGUAAUAUGUACACCUGAUAACCACAAACCUGAGAAUGCCUUAGCUAUCCUGACUGCUAAUCUUUAUAUCCCAAACCUUACCAAUCUGAUACAAGCUCAGGUUGAUCCAAAUGAUGAUCCAGAGAUGAGUGGUGGUUAUUUGAAUGAUCUGAUGACAGUUGACAAUGGAGACAGUGAUGAUGAGGAAGAGAGUACUCACCGGGUCAACUGGAGCAGUCGGAUGGACUUUGUCCUGUCCUGUCUGGGUUAUGUGGUUGGAUUAGGAAAUGUCUGGAGGUUUCCAUAUCUUGUUUUUAGGAAUGGAGGAGGUGCUUUCUUCAUUCCGUAUAUCAUUAUGUUGAUAUUCUGUGGAAUUCCCCUGGUGUAUAUGGAGCUGGCUUUCGGGCAGUACGCCAGUCUUGGACCAGUGACAGUAUGGAGAGCUGUACCAAUCUUCAAAGGUAUUGGAAUAUCUAUGGUGCUGGCCUCCACUCUGGUGGGGAUCUACUACAAUAUGGUGAAUGCCUGGGCUUUUCACUACCUCUUUUCCUCUAUGAUGGCAACUUUGCCUUGGCUCACCUGUAACAAUGCAUGGAAUGAUCAGAACUCAUGUAGUUUGAAUAAAUAUGAAGUCUCGAACUGCUCCUGGUUGAACACAUCAUAUCUUUACGAACCAGUGGUAAAGAACAUAUCGUGUGUGGAUACGUUGCUGAACUGCACACAAACGAACCAGUCCACGUGGAUCAGUAACUCCAAAGUAGUCUCUUGUAUCAGUGACCUCAGGGAUGAAGUCGGUGACGAUAUCUUCCUCAAUUCCUCCUGGGUCAACUCCCAAAAGCCGACCAGCCCCAGCGAGGAGUACUUUUACAAUGAAGUUUUGAAGCGCUCUGGGAGCAUGAAUGAACUGGGCAGCAUACAGUAUGAACUUGCCCUGUGUCUGCUGCUGUGCUGGAUCAUCGUUUUCAUCUGCCUAGUCAAAGGAGUGCGCACUUCAGGGAAGGUAGCUUACCUGGUUGUGAUUUUCCCGUUCCUGAUCAUGCUGACAUUGUUGGUGCGAGCCCUGACAAUGGAGGGGAACAUAAAAGGGAUCAAGUUUUACUUUACCCCUAAGUGGGAGAAGCUGCAGGAGCCAAGCGUGUGGGCAGAUGCAGCUGUGCAAGUCUUCUUCAGUCUCUCCGUCUGUCUGGGAGGACUGACCACUCUUGCCAGUUACAACAAAUUCCAUAAUAAUAUUUACAGUGAUGCUAUUUUGGUGUGCUUGGGUGAUACUGUUAUGAGUUUAUUAGCUGGUUUCUCUGUGUUUGCCAUGAUGGGCGUCCUUAGCAACGAACUUGACACUGAUAUAGAGAAGGUCAUAACAUCAGGGAUAGGACUUGCCUUUAUAGUCAACCCAGCUGCCAUGUCCUACUUUCCAAUAGCUCCUCUGUGGUCCAUUCUAUUCUUCCUGAUGAUCAUCAUGCUGGGUCUCAGCACCCAGUUUGUACUGAUAGAGACUGUUGUGACAGCUAUAAUGGAUGAAAACAUAUCCGUCUUCCGUGGAAAGAGAAUCGUCGUGCUCUUCCUUGUUUGUUCUGUGAUGUUCUUUCUUGGAUUACCACUGUCCACACAGGGUGGAGUCUAUGUUCUAACAUUAAUGGAUGAAUAUGCAGCAGGCUUUGCCUCCUUGGUGAAUGGGGUCUUCAUGUGUAUUGCAAUCGGCUGGAUAUACGGAGUGCGACACUUCUGUAAUGACAUCAAGCAUAUGAUUGGUCAUUAUGUAGGUUACUGGUGGAAAGCAAUGUGGUGCAUCAUCUCUCCUACCAUUAUCACAUUCAUCAUCAUAUUCUCCAGCAUUGGUUACAAGUCGCUGUCUGAGAAAUACAAUUCUGACAGUUAUCCCCCCUGGUCGGAGGUCCUGGGCUUCAUGAUUACGUGCAUUCCAUUGUUAGCCAUUCCUCUGUGGAUCGUAUGUAAACUGGCGCUCAGUAAAGGGAAACUAAUAACGAGAUUGAAGAAGUUGUGCCAGGCCGAGUCCAGCUGGGGUCCAGCACUGGAGAGGAACUGGAAAAACGUGGAGUAUUAUCCAGCUGUAAACACCAAUACCUUGUCUGUGGAUGUGGAGCACUCCCCUCUCCACACUGUAACAGACCAUGUGGAUUUCACCACGGUUGGUGUGAAGGUGCCAAGUCUUUCCUCUCAAGCUAGCUUGCUACCUAAAUCCCUUUCUCCCAAAAAACCACGGGAUAUGAGAGAAAGAGCCAUUCUUAACCAUGCAUACAGCAAUCCUCAGUGUCAUCAGUCCAUUGCAUCAAUAGAAAAGGCAGUGGCUUGUGGACCAAAUGAACCACUGUAUGCAGACACGGAUAUAUUGAUUGUGCAGAAGAGCUCCAAGAGAACUGUCGAAAUGAGGGACAUGGCAACGCAAACGGACCCCAUCAUCAAGAGACCUUCAUCUACCUCUUUUUCAUCUAGCAGCAUUCCAAAGAAGCCAGAACCCAUUAGCCAAAAAGUUCCAAGUUGUUCCACUGAUGCAACAGUCUGUAGUUCUGCUGAACCAACAGGGGCUAGUUCUUCUGCAAGUCCCUCAAUUCCCAGCUGUCCCACAGAUCAGCCAGACUCCAGUUGUUCAUCAGAUCAAACAAAUACGCAUUGUUCCACUGGUCAGACUGGAUUAAGCUGCUCCACGGAUCAGACAAUUUCAAGUACUUCCUUAGUCUCAAAUAGCUCCACCUUUCCAAUCGAUUUAAAUCCCAUUGAAUCAUCAAUCCCUAGUGAGAACAUCGAUUCAACAUGGUCUGCUGUUCAAGCAAUACCGAUCUGUUCCAUGAAUCAAACAGUUUUAACUACUUGCAGUGACAAAAAUAACUUGCGUAGUGACAGUCCGGCAGUUUUGCAAGUCGAAGUCACCAAAUUUUGAAUUUGUGGUACAUGAUGAGGAUUGUACAAACAGGUUAUCAGGAAAAAAAUUCACUGUAAGAGUACUGUUUUACUUAGUUGUCAGUCUUCCAUAAGUUGUUGCUUUUAAAUUGUUCACAAAACUACUAUUAAUUAUAUUCAUUUUAAAGCAAAUAAUGUGCUGCUAUUAUGCAAUGUACAUGAUUUCAAUUUCUGUGUUCUGAGAAUGCACAUUAGACGAACAUGUUAAUUAAUAUUUGUUAACAUUCUAAAAUAUAGACGUACACAGUACAUAUCAGACAGUUGUUUAUUAAUUGUUUCAUUAUAAAUGUACUAUAUAAAUGUCCAUAAAGGAUAAAACCAAAGUUCCGCAACUGUCUAUUUUCCUUAUUUUUAUCUAGGUAGCAGUAAUAAUCAUCGCUAAUAGAAGCAAUUUCAUUUCAGAAAAUCAGUUUUUAUAACAUGUGAUAGUUGACAUUGGUUAGAUUGUGAUACCAUUAAUAUUUUUCAUUUUGAUACCAUUCAUACAAAAUCCAUUUUAAUAUUUUUUACAGAAUACAUGUAUAAUAUAUUUAUAAAGCAAUGUGCAAUUAAACUUGUCAUACAGUAAAGCCAGAUUAUAAGGAAAAGUAAGACUAUCAAUUCAUAUAUAUAUAUGCAUGUGUGUUCAGACAAGUUUAUGAUAAAGUAGUUUUUAUUGUAUCAACGAUAAUUGUUACAAAAUGUUGAAAUUUAAUCCCAAUUUUUUUCUCUCCAUGUUCUGAACUUUUUGCAUGCAUUUUGUGAUGCUUGAAGUGCAAAUUGACACAAGGCAUAGUUUGACUACCCAUUCCCCACUGUGAUCAUGUAUAAAUUAAUGUUUGAUAUGUAUUAAUUACAGCUUACGGUGAUAUCUGACUUACUAGUUUUAUACAAUUUGUUUAUUUAAUAGGAAUCAUACUUUUUUAUAUGAGCAGUUUGUUGAUUGUGUAAAUAUGUUUCAAACCUGAU